AUGGAGGUAGCAGCGAAGCUGUUAGGAAAGACAACCAUGGAGGUAACAAAGGAGCUGUUAGGAAAGAAAAACGUGGAGGUACUAAAGCUAUUAGGAAGCAAAGUUGAAGACCUUCAUGAAGUGCAGAAUGAGGUCGAAUCCCUUACAAAGAAACUCAAGGACAUCAAUUCCACAUUGAAGAAGGCCGAUAUCAUGAUCGAUAGAGAAGAAGAAGAAGAAGAAGACGGGUUCCAUGAAUGGGUGAGCCAACUCAGAAACUUAGCCUUUCGGGCUGAGGAUGUUAUCGAACUCUUCAACAACAUUGCAACACCAUAUGAUAGAUAUCGCUAUGAUUUCCAGCUUGUCAAGGAGGUGUUCGGCCAAGUUCUAACUCUCCACAAAUUGAGAAACGAAAUUGAUGAUAUCAAUAUCAAGCUUGGCAUGCUUUCAGAGAAAAGCUCACCAGAGGUUGGUGAAACUUCUAUUCCUUACUCCAACAGAGCAAAUCAAAUCGUUGGCUUUGAAACUGAAACAGAAAAGCUGGUUUCGUUGUUGAUAAAGGAAGAACCACAAGGAAGGCUCCUUGUAGUUCCCAUUUGGGCUCCUGGGGGAGCAGGUAAGACUGCCCUUGCUCGACAUAUUUACAAGAGAAGUGAUGUUAACAGUCAUUUUGAUUGUGUUGCAUGGGUUUCUGUUUCCCCUGACUGUGUGUUAAGAAAUAUUUGGCAAUCCAUACUAGAACAAGUUCAGAAGGUCACAAAAGAAGAAAAGAAGGAGUACUUGCACUCUCAAACAAAGGAGGACAUUCCAACAUUGUGGGGUUCCAUGAUCUACAACUACUUGAAAGGGAAGAACUACUUAAUUGUAGUAGAUGAUUUAUGGAACCAGAACGAUUGGGAGACCAUAAAGAAGGCCUUUCCGACCUCGCCGAAAAAGAAAUGCAGAGUUUUGCUGACAACCCGAAUCGGAGAUGUAGCUCGUUGUGCUAGCCCAUUGAAUGAUCCGUUUAAGCUGCGGAUUUUGAAUAAGGAUGAGAGUCUGAAGCUUUUCUUGAAGGUGAUCUACCGAUGCUCCUUGGGCGAAAUCCCUAGUCUGUCUAAGGAGAUGGAGGAUCUGGCAAGACAACUUCUUUCGAAAUGUGAUGGAUUACCAUUAGCUAUUGUUCUUCUGGGAGGCGCCUUAACCGGAAAAAACAAGGAUAUCAAUGAGUGGUGCCAUAUGCUUGAACAGGUGCAAAAUUCAUGUUUGGUGACAAAAUCAAGAGUCUUCCGAAAGGUAUUUUCUCAAAGUUAUAAUGACAUGCCUUGUCACUUAAGAUCAUGUUUCCUUUAUUUUGGUCUUUUCCCAGAAGAUAGUGAGAUCCAAUGUGAUAGAUUGAUUCGACUAUGGGUCGCUGAGGGAUUUUCGGAGCAAAGAUCAUCAGAUAAUGGAACCAUGGAAGUUAUGGCUAGAGAAUACCUUAAGGAUUUAAUCCAAAGGAGUUUAAUCCAAGUUGAGAAAUGGAAAUUAAAUGGGGAUCCUCAAACUUGUCGCAUUAAUGGUCUUGUUCGAAAAUUAGCAGAAAAAGAAGCCAAGAAAGAUAAAUUCUCCAGCAUUUCCAAGGAGAAACAUUUGAGGACAUGGGAGGAAGGUAGCCGUCGAAUAGCCCUACAUCAUAGUAAGUCUUCUACUACUGCUCCUCUUGAUUCCAAAUCCAUGCCUACUUUGCAGCGGACGACGUCUAUUCCUCCUCCACCUCCUCCUCCACCACCACCUGUUCUCCCACCUCCAAAUUAUAUAAGUGUGAGCCAUCUCCUUUCUUUCUUGAAAAGUCCUCUCAAAUUUCCAAACCAUGUUUACUCCUUAUUGUGUUUCUCCAAACACCCCCAAAUUUGCUAUAAGCAGUUCCAUUUGCUUAGAGUACUUGAUCUACAAGGUGCAGAAGAAAUCGACAAAUUACCAGAUGAAAUUAGCCAUCUCACCCUUCUCAGGUACUUGAACUUACGCGGCACCCGUGUAAAAGAGAUUCCAACUUGGAUAGCUAACCUCUGCAACUUACAGACAUUAGACACACCUGAAUCCAAAAUUCCCAUUGAGACAUUGAAACUAAAUCUAUUGAGGCAUCUUUUCGCCGAUUCCUUUGACUCCUCCCCUCCAAAUUCUUCUUCUUCUUCUUCUUCUUCUCUUCUGUCUCUAUGCAAUGGAUUCCCUGAACAUUUACAGACACUGGAACUAGAUAUAGGCAAUUGGGUAACUAGUGGCCUCCAUGAAUUGUCCAAUCUAAGAGUCCUAAGGUUAAGAUUACAUGGUCUUAAGGACAUCGAGUCCAAGCAAUGGGAAAUAAUACUCAAGGCCAUAGCCAAUUCAACUCACCUUAGAGUCUUCAGCUUGACACAAGGAGAAAGGUCGAACUCGUUUCCCAUAUAUUUGCCAUCAUUUUCGAGUCAUUGGCAUCUCUAUGAAAUUGUGGUGGAGGGAAAAAUAACUAAACUUCCUAAACUCAAUGAUUUCCCACCACAUCUCACUUAUUUGUGGUUGGAGAGUUAUAUGAAUGGGGUGAUUGAUCCACUCUUCACUCUCCAAAAGCUAAAUUGUUUAAAGAAGCUUUGCUUGAGACUGUUCAAGGGUGAAUCCGAUGGUCGAAUGAUUUUCUCUGCUGGAGGGUUUCCAAGACUUGAGUAUUUAUAUAUUAGAGUUCAUUUCAAGCUUCGAAAUUGGAUAGUGAAGGAAGGAGCAAUGCCUUGUUUGAGAGAUCUACAUAUCGAAGGAGAAGACAAAUUAGGAAAGCUUCCAGAUGGGCUGAAACAUAUCACAAGCUUGAAGAAUAUUUUCAUAACAAAGGGGUAUGAUGUGAGAGAGAGCCUCAUGCGUCGUGGACAAGAAUGGCAAAAAGUUAAAGACUUACGCCUUGAUGAUAUCCAUUAUUCGGAUGAGAGCUAUAUCAGGCCUUGA